UAUUUCAAAGGCGCCAUUGACUAACAGAGGACGCUGCUUCUAGAAAUUACCAGAGAAUAACAACAGUAGGUGGUACAACUACAAAAACUAGUCAAAGAAGAGUUGAGAGAGUGGAACAACAGGCAGUUGUUCAGUUAUGUCUGAGACCAUGUCAUCUCAGAGGAAGCCCUCGGUUAACAAGAAUAUAAAGAAGCUGCGUACACUGAGCAUGGUGUGCAACCUGGCACGGAGCUGGCAACAGUGGAUAUGUGAGAAUGAAGAAAAGCAGGCUAGUGAACCCACAGGCUGGGUCCCAGACAGCAACGACAAGCCCAAACCUGAAAAGAAAGAGCCGAAGAAACCUAUAUUUAUUGAGAAGAAGACAAAAAAAUCUCAGGACAAUGAGCAUGGACCAGAGGAUUCCCGCAUUAAGACCAAACAGGUGGUGAAAACAGUGAACCGAGAUGUCCAGGAGAAGAGCGCAGGCAUUGAGUACCUGACCAACCGCAUUUGUAAAGACCCAGACGCAGAGGAGCUGGACAGGAUGCUGAAAAAUAAGAGUUCACCCACCCUUCGCAGGAAAUGCUCCAACAUGGUGUCAGAGUUGACACAGAGCUGGAAGAUAGUAGAAAAUGAACGGAAGAGGGCGGGGGAGUCCAGCAAGGGCAGUGGAAUCUCUGAGGCCAAGGAAAGAGUUGUGGAGCUGGACAUUUCAGAGAACCAGAAAAAUGCGGAAGAGAAUGAAAUAGAGUCAUCAUCACUCAGGAUCAAGAGACCAUCAUCACUUGGGGCCAAGAAGGAAGUGGAGGAUGCCAAUAAAAUAAACGCCCUCUCCAGCAAUUACAGCGCUGUGGGGAACCUCAAGAGCCGCUGGCAAAACUGGGCGUCAGAGCACACCACCAGCCAAAAACUGAACCCCUUUAGCGAUGAUUUCGACUAUGAGUACUCCAUGUCCUUGCGUCUGCGGAAGGGAGAGGAGGGCUAUGGUAGGCCCAAGGAGGGCAGCAAGACGGCAGAGCGAGCCAAACGGGCUGAGGAGCACAUCCAUCGAGAGAUUGAGCACAUGUGCUUUAUCAUUAGUACCAUGGCUGACCCUGAUCCAGAUGGCUACAUCCGGAUCACCUUUGGUGAGCUGUUUGAAAGAUAUGUGAGGAUUUCAGACAAGGUAGUGGGCAUCCUGAUGAGGGCCAGGAAGCACGGCAAGGUGGACUUUGAGGGGGAGAUGCUGUGGCAGGGUCGAGAUGAUGGAGUUAUCAUUACGCUGCUUGUGUGACACAAACAUGGCACCAUUUUAUAACAUAAUGCACUUCAAAAAAAAAAGGAGUGUUGACUUUGCUGCUAUAGAAGGGAAGAAAUCUUAGAUAAUAAUGGUAGGAGGGUAGCACUGAUGCUAUUGUUAAAUUAUUUUUAUUUUAUUGAUGGAUUUGAGAUUAUAAAUUUCUCAAGACUUUAUAUGAACUAAUUUUUUUUUUAAAGACAACUGUAUUUAUCUGUGAUGUGUGUGCAUGUUUGUAUUGUAGAAAAUAGACCGCAGUCCAAUUCUGUAUUCAGCAUGCCGUCUGAUUUCCACACAUGACUCAAAAGUGCUAUGUGACACAAAUGGCCGCAGGAGAGACUUUUCAAUCAUAACACUACAUGAAAACUCAUAUAAUCCUAGUAGCCUGCUAAUAUUCUAAAUAUCAAGCAUGCUAAACAGUGAGCAGAAGAAAGUCAUAAAAUUACAUCAGCUGUCAUGUAGGGAAACCAUAUUUAAAUAUGGCAAAUCAUAUGAUGCUUUUUCCCCCAUGUUAUUCAAUAUUAACUUUAUUGCUCCUGUUUACUUUUUUAAAAUGCUUUAUGUUUUGAUAUUUUAAAUGGAAAUUGCAUUAGAAUGAAAUGCCUCCUGUCCAAAUUUGGCUUCUCUGAUCUACAGUCAUGUUGACUCCAUCCUUCAAGCAUGCAAGGUGUCAUCUAAUUGGAACUCUGCUUAAGAUGGCAUGUUGAAAGCAGCACUGGAACUCAGAAUAGUCUCUUGCAAUACGUCACAUACAUCACACUUACUGUACCUGUAAUUAAAUGUAAUAUUAAGAUUAUAUGUAGUGUUUUAUGAUGACACAUAGUCUUAUGCUCAUCUUAGGUCAGAAAUGGUUCACUGAUCUAAUGAACAGGUUUCAUGUUAAAUAAAUGUGCAUCAUAGAAGAGGUGUGUUUGUAAUGAGCGUUUACAUCCAGCAGACUGAGCACUAAUGGUGUAUCCAUUAACUCCCCUUCACUUUCUGAACUCUUCAAGGGAUCUGAUGAACUGUGAAAAACUGUGGAAUUCAGGGUUGAAAUGGAAGUACAACUUUUCUCUUAACUGCUCAUAUGUUUUAGAUACAACAUUAUUGUACAUACUUUAGAAAGUGAGUUCAGGAUUAAGGUUACAUUUGACAUUUAAUAUUUCUUCAACAUGAUCCCUAUGAAUAAAUCAAUUUAAUUUAUAGGGAUUGUGUAAUUUAUUUACCAAGCCCAGACUUGAAUGUGAAGCCAAGAGAAAGAUAUUGCGAAUGCAUACGGAGAGAAUACUGACAUGGGCCUAAUUUAUCAAGCUAGAUAUGAACAAAUUUAUUUGUAAAUCAUUCACAGAAGCAUUUAGAUGGGAAAAACAUUCGUAUCCUACAAGAGUUCCUGAGUUUGUGCAAAUUCACAUAUAAGGAAAGUCACUAACAUGAUCCUGGAUUUAUAGGUGUCAAUUCAUAUAAUGAGUGAUGAGUUAAUCAUUGCAAUUAAUUGGAUUACAUUGUCAGUAGUAAUGAACAAAAUAAAUCCAUCAGUUCAAAUAAAUAAGAUUAGUCAUUCAACACAAAAGAAAUGUCUCCCUAUUAAAGCAGGAAGUUAGUCUGUGCCUGUGCUAAGCAAUGUCCUUCAAUGGCUGAUCUGCACUACUGGAAUAUUUAUCACAUACCACGCUUAGGAGGCAUUCUUUCAUUGUCUAGUCAUCAUUUUAUUCUUUUCAGCUCUCUGUAAGUUUUGACUUUUAUGUAGUUUUGUGUGCAUCCUUAAAUGUGAAUCUGUGCUGUGAACAUGGCAUUAAUUGAUAUGUGAUUAUUUUUAAAUGAGUAGGAAAAUGAUGUAAAUCAUACGCUGUGGCCUACACAGUAUUCUCCACCAUUAUCACCAUUUUUGUAAGAAAGAUGUUCAUGCCUCCAGUACAGUUCCAGAGACUAGUAUAGAUACCAAGGCACUUUGAAGCUGCUCUGGUGGCUUGUGGUGGCCCAUCACCUUACUACGAUGCUUUAUGUUGGUUUUUCAUUUAAUUUGUCACCCAUCUGGUUUGAUCUGGGUAAACUGAUGAUGUUCAACAUUAUCCUUAUCAAACACUUAGCACCAAAUCUGGAGUUGUUAACCCAGUGCUUAACAUUGUUUAAUAUGUAAAAUGUAGAGGGGGCCUUAACAGCUCUAAUGUCAAUGAGGCAACAUUUGGCUUCUUAUUUCUUGCUUCUUUAGUUCACCUGUAGAGGGCACUCAUUAGUUAUUUUCUUUAGUUAUUUUCUUUAUAUUAUUAAAAUAGGAAAAUAGCCAUUUUUAAUGCAAUAUAAUGUAUAUAGUAACUGUGAAAGGGGAACACAAAAAUCAGAUUUACUGACACCCUUGCUGAAAAAAAAAAUUUGUAAUGAUUUUAAUGGUUAUAAUGGGAAUUGUAUUGGUUUUAAUGGAAACUGUAAUGGUCCCUGUGAGUCUCUAUUGGUAAUUUAUUGCCUUCUAUUGCUGGAAUAUUAUGUCUAGUGGAUACCAUUAAGGACCAAUAUGGGAAUGGGAAUGGUUUUAAUGGUCAGUUGAUGGUUUGUAAUGGCAUUUGUAGUGGAAACCAUUAGAAUUUCUGUGAUGGUUUCUAUUGUUUUUUUCAACAGAGACAUUAUGUCUUCUUUUGGCGAAGAAGUUCAGAAUCAGACAGUGUAUCUUUCCUUAUUGUUUAAAGGUUUAAUUAAUUAUUCUGACCAAUACAUAAUUGUAAAUGGUUUUAAAAAAGGAUGUAAAUACAACAUCAGUUCAUAAUACAUUGAUACAAGUGGAGUUUAGUCCAAAAGACUGUUUUCAGUGCACAUUAAAUUAUUUUUAAUGACUAAUGAGUGCCCUCUA